GAGCAUGCGCAGUUGUAUAGACGAAUUUACGCCAUAUUUGUUAAUAAGCAAAUCUUAUUUUGCGCAAAAAUACACAAAUACCUUCGGGCUGAAAAUUUAACAUUAGAUAAAUUCAAAAUAAGUAUAUAUGUCAUCGAAAUAAAGAAGAGUUUACCAUUCAGAUUUUAUAAUAAGUUGGCAACCAUGGCAACUACAGAUUAUCCAAACCCGUAUGAAAAUACAAGUUACCAAAGUUACCAAGAUCCUUAUGCUGAAACACAGAACAAUUAUAACUACAAUGAUUACAACCAAACAUACAGCGAAACAAACAGUAAUGAGGCAUACCAGUCAGAAGAAAGCUAUGGGGGAUAUCAGGACUCUUACACUGGCAACAAUGAUAAUUAUGGGAGUGACCAUUCCAGUAGGAGUGGAGACCAAGAAGAAAGAGACAGGCAACAUAGAAAGAAUCGGUCAGAGCGUAGACGUGAAAUGAGGAGUGGCGGUCAUGAUCGUCAUAGAGACAGAGACAGUUCAAGGAGUAGAGACAGAAGAGAUGACAGAUAUGAUAGAGAUAGGAGGGAUAGAGAUGAUGAUAGAGCUGGGGAGAAGUGGGUUACAGACACACCAUCUAAUACAGUCAUUCUACAGAGGCUGCCCACAUGUAUUGAAGAAAAAGAUAUCAAAGCUGAACUGAUGAUGUUUGGGGCCCCAAUCAGAGAUGUGCGUCUUAUGAGAAAAAGUUCAGGUGCCUCAAGAGGGUUUGCUUUCGUCGAGUUUCAGAAUCGAGACGAUGCUGUACGCUGGAUGGAUUCAAAUCAGAAAAAGUUGAUCCUGCAGAAUCAGUACACAUGUUCGAUGAACUUCAGCACGCCCAAAGAUCCAAAGGAUAAACAGAUGGUACAUCGCAUGGACUGGAUUUGUGUAAAGUGUGGCGUACAUAAUUUCAAGCGGAGAGACUAUUGCUUUAAGUGCAACAUGUCCAGAUAUGAAUCUGGGAAAUCACAGGCAGAUGGAUAUGACCAUGUUGGAACUAACCCAUGCAACACAUUAGUUUUGCGAGGCCUGGAUGCUUUGACUACGGAGGAGUCAAUACUGCGGGCAUUGAAUGCUGUGACACAACUGACAUGUAAAAAUAUCCAGGUUGUGAGGGAUGCUACGAGUCAGGCUUCGCAGGGGUUUGCGUUCGUUGAGCUCGGAUCAGUGGCCGAGUCAGUUAAUGUGCUCGAAGUAUUGAAACAGAUGAAUCCUCCAUUAGAAGUGGAUGGAAAACAAAUUCUUGUGGCUUUUGCCAAGAACACUUUCACUACCUCUAUGGCAACUAUAAACGCAGCUGGUCAGCAAAGUUGGGACCAGUCUAGUGGGGAAUAUUACCAGAACUAUGAUUACAAUCAGUACGACCAGUCGGGUUAUUACUCGGGACAGUACUAUGAUGGACAGAGUUAUGACUACUCAAAUUACUACACAGAGUCUGGUGAUACUGCAACCACAUCAACUUCAGUGGACUCUACAAAUGCAGCGGCUGCAGUGGCCCAGGCUGCAAUACAGCAAGCUCAGGCAGCUAAACAUUUCCAAAAACAGGCCCAGCAACAACAGAAGAUAGCAGAUAUGUCUACAGAGGAGAGAUUGGCUCAUCAGGCCCAGGCCUGGAAACAAAAAACUGAUGAUAAACCUACGCAACAACAGCAACAACAAGAAGUUACAAAAUAUCCUGCACCAGAUGUUAGUUUAUACCAGUAUGACGAGACAUCCGGCUACUAUUAUGAUCCUAUCACUUCUCUCUACUAUGAUGCCAGCUCUCAGUACUACUAUAACAGUACAACAGGUCAGUUUAUGUACUGGGAUGCAGAACAAUCUACAUAUUUACCUGCCCCUAAUGAUGACUCUCAGUCAGAUAUGAGAUCACUCGAUAAUAAAGAUGGAAAGAAAGAUGGGAAAGAUAAAAAGGAGAAAGUCAAAGUUGCAAAGAAAAUUGCAAAGGAUAUGGAAAAAUGGGCUAAGUCUAUGAAUGCUCAGAAAGAGGCUGUGAAAGAUGGGAUGAAGAAGAUCAAUAUGCCAAACCUCUCUGGUAGGAAAGAAUCGGCUACUGCAGAUGCUGGUUUUGCAAUCCUUGAAAAAGUGAAAAGUGUGCCAACAGAAGACAAAAAGUUGAUGCCUCCACCACCUAUGCCAGGGGGAAGUACUCCCACCAGUGAAGAGAAGGCAAAGCUGGGGUUAGUAGCAUCGUAUGGAGGUGACUCUGAUGAUGACGACGAUGAUGACUCAGCAAAUGGAUUUGAUGAAAGUAAACUGUUAGAUCAUUCAAAGAAGGCUUGUCUACUGUGUAAGAGACAAUUUCAGAGCAAAGAACAAUUGAUGAGACAUGCUCAAAUGUCUGACUUGCACAAGCAAAAUUUAGAGUCUAUGCGUCAGUCUCAGGGUGUUGGAAGUUCUCAAGGAGGGUCAGGGGGAAUGCAGUACCGUGACAGAGCUAAGGAAAGGCGGGAAAAGAUUGGAUCACUUGCUCCACCACCCAGAAAACGUCCAGCACCACCACCGCAACCAUAUGAGCAGCCAACUAAAGCUGGACUUGGGUCAGACAAUAUUGGUAGUAAAAUGUUACAGAAGAUGGGCUGGUCAUCAGGGCAGGGACUUGGUAGAUCAGGACAGGGCAUCAUUAAUCCCAUUGAGGCAGAAAGACGGAAUUCAAGUGCUGGACUAGGUAUGCGGGGAUCUAAAGUUAAUAUAGAGGAGACAGACAAUUAUAAAGAUGCUUUAAAGAAAACUUUGUUUGCAAGAUACAAUGAUAUGGAUUGAGCUGACUUAGAAAAAAACAAACAUUUUUAACCAGAAAUAUUUUAUUGUGUAGUCAAAGAUAGGACAAAAACAAUGGGCUGUUGGUACGAAGGUUGUUUAUAUUACUGUAUGGAGGACGAGUUGUUAUUAUUUAAGUUUAAGAUCAAUAUAUGCAAUAGUCUCAGGGGUUUUUCUGUUGACUUGCUGGUGUAACUCUUAUGACAGAUUAGAGGGAUGCCUUUAACAUAGUACAUUAAGAGAGAAGAGUAUAAAUUGAUAGCCCAGUUACCUCACAAAUAAACUGUGGCUUUGUGCAGGCCAAGUUAGGUGGCCCUUUAAAUCAGUCCUUGAAAAGGGAUCUUCUGGAGCGGGCAGGAAGUUGGCAAACCGGCACGGAGUGUGUAAACGAGAUUUGGAGUAAAUGUUGAAACAAAAAAUUAUUUGCAUUGAUAUGUGGACCUUUCAUUUAGUGGUGUAAUUUUUUAUUGUAUUUUUCGUGAUGUGUUUGUUUUACUUCCAACUAUGUAUAUAUAUUUGAAUUAAAUUCAAGAUUAUUUUUGACAUUUUAUUGAAAUUAUGCUAAAAGAAAUAAAUAUCAUAAGAGGA